AUGGGUCGAAGAAAAAUUGAGAUCAAGGCCAUCAGGGAUGAUCGCAAUCGCUCUGUGACUUUUCUCAAGCGAAAGGGCGGCCUAUUCAAGAAGGCCCAUGAGCUCUCCGUCUUGUGCUCCGUCGAUGUCGCUGUUUUCAUCUUUGGCAACAACAAGAAGCUGUAUGAAUACUCCUCCGCAGAUAUGCAGCAUCUCAUCACCAAGUACCAAUAUCACGGCGGUCCUAAUGAGCACAAGGGCCCUGCCGACUUCAACGGCGGCGGAAACGACGACGACGACGAUGAGGACGGCGAUGGAACGCCCCCUCGAGCCCCCGACGGAAUGGAAGCUCAUAUGAUGCCUCCCCAUUUCCAAGGCCAACCUCAGUCCUUCCCUCCUCAUAUCCGCCAUCAGACAGCUUCAGUGUCGCCUCCCAUUCCCAACGGCGUGCCUUUCCAAGGCCAUCCUGCCCACCUCCAGCGAAGCCACACGCCGCAACCUGCCGUCCCGUCACGGCCCGGCUCCAGAGGAGAUAUGCGGCGCAUGGGUCCCGGCAUGAUGUCCCAGCCUGUCGGCCCCCAUGGACCUCAUCCGGGAAUCACAUACAUGCCUACGCCUCCAAUCUACAACCCUGCUGCUGGUAACCAUUCCAACUUGAUGCCGCCCCAGCCUGGCCCUUAUCCCUUCCAACCACCACAGCAACAGCAACAGCCAUAUAUGGAAGAGCGGCGACCGUCUGCGCCCCCGGCCUUCAAUGCUCAUCCGCCUCCCCAGCCCCUGGCAGCAGGCCCCCGUCCUGAGCCCUCUCCUCCUCAGCCGCCUCAUCAACUAGUCCCUCCGCACUCCAUCCCUCCUCACAUGACUUCACCGCAGCCAUCACGACGUCCCUUGGACCCGCAACCUCCUCCACCCGUCGAGCCAAAGCGAGAAGCUCCCGAGCGACCCAAGGCGCCCCUCAUCAACACGGACAUAGCGAUCAAGAAGAUAUCCCAGCGUAAGUCGCACAGUAUCUUCACGCCCAUCGAGGAAAACCGGUCAAUCCUGUCACAGCAUUUGGCGUCUUUUGCUUCCGAACCUCAGUCUCAAGCAAACGCAAACCGGUCUCAAUCGGCUGAUAAUGGACCCGCCAUACGCAACGGGGAAUCGUCGUCCUCGCCGCACCUGCAACAACGUUCCAAUUUACGCAAUACGUCGAUAUCCUCUCUCCCCGAUACCCCUAAUACUAGCAGCCUAAAGAUCAACACAGCUGUGGGAGGCGCACGACCGAAACCACCUCGGCUUACCGUCCAAAUUCCGGAUGGAGCAUCCGAAGCUGGUGGCAGUGCAACAGGCGACUCGAACUCACCUCGGAAUCCAGCAGAUGCCGUCUCCCACGCACAGCAUCGGCACGGUACCGUGGUCCUCCCGCCCCCUUCUCCAUCUGCAACCGCGUUGCACUCGGCCGGGGCUACUACAGGCCCGCCCAAUCCUUUUGCUCGACCAGUCCCGCAGCAGAAUAUCAAUGGCGACACACCCGUUUCUGCUCUCCCGUCUCGCUUCCUAAACAAUGAGCUGCUGCCAAGUCCCAGCAGCUUCUACCCAGAAUGGAAUUUUAGAGGAAGUGAUAACAACACGCUGCCCAGCCCUCUAAACUUUGCCACGCCUGUAGUAGGCUCGGGGCCGAGUUUCCUACGGGACGAUGCCCACAUGCAAGGCGGCAGUGGCGGGAACGCUGAGGCAGGUAACGGCAACCUUGGCGGCUCGACACAGCCGUCGGGGUUGGCAAAACGAAAGAGUCCGGAGCUUGAAGCGACUGGUCCUGAUGAGAACCACGACAUGGCUAGCGACCCCAAACGCUUGAAAGUGGACCGAUAGGAUGUAUAAGAUACUUGUUGGGUAAUUUUGAUUCUCUUCAUAUUCUUCCAGAUACCCCUUUGUCCUGUAUCAACUUAGAUUCUUUCCUUGUCUUUCUCUUUGACUUUGUUUCUCAUUUUAUACCUUUCUUUUUCUAUGUAUAUUUAUUAUGUGGGUUAUUUCUCCGUCUUUUUUCUUCGUGGAAGAGAUUUUGUCUACAAAUCCCCCCUGCAUCUUUCGUUUGACAUUGGAGGUUCUGUUUGUUGUGUUGGCAUUAUUUUUCGGGAGAUCCAUGUUGGUGUUGUUGAAAGGGGGGGAGUAUUUGUGUUAUUGAUACCGUUUUCAAGCUUUUGCUAUGCAUUUUGGAUAUUGAAUGGGAGAUUGAUCACCUAAUGUGGAAAACGUAAUUCCCAGUCACAAUUGGAGGAAGUCUUUUUUAUAUCAAGCAAAUCAGAUGAAGGCUAGUUUUGGAACCUAGGAGAAGUGGAAGGAAGGGUAUUGAGUAUUUGGGGAGGGCGUUUUGGCUAGAAAAUGUAGUUUGGCUACACAGAAAUGGACGAUACGAGACACUGCUUAGUUUUUGGUGAAUAAUAUUCCAUUCUG